CAAAACAGACUCCGGAAGACGGAACAAUUCGGCCGCAACCCAUCUCAAUUCUCAAAACAUGUUUUCCGCGGUCUUGUCCUUAUUUUAAAGGUCCGCGCAAUAAUGGAUUUGCAACUGCUACGAUAACCCAUCACAGAACCUGGCCAGCUCUCUCCUCGUUACACCGCUUGCCGUCUUGCACUACGCCGCGAAGCCAAAGGCCGCCGCCCGCCGUCCGCCGUCAUGGACGCAGGCUCCGAGAUCGUGUACGAGAUGCCCGGGUUCAUACGCAUCCACAAGAGCGGCCGCGUGGAGCGCUUGCAAGGCACCGAGACCGUCCCUCCCUGCCCCUCCGGUGACCCCGCCAACGGCGUCGCCUCCAAGGACGUCGUCCUUGACCCGGCGGCCAACGUCUCCGCCCGUCUCUACCUCCCCGCCGCCGGCGCGGCGGAGCCUGGAAAGAAGUUCCCCGUUGUCGUCUACUUCCACGGUGGCGCGUUCGUUGUCCACACAGCGGCCUCACCGAUCUACCACAAGUACGCCGCCUCCCUCGCCGCCGCGGCGCCCGCCGUCGUCGUCUCCGUCGACUACCGUCUCGCUCCGGAGCACCCCCUCCCGGCCGCGUACGACGACGCCUUCGCGGCCCUCAAGGCGGUCGUCGCCGCGUGCCGCCCGGACGGCGCCGAGCCCUGGCUCGCCGCGCACGGCGACGCCUCCCGCGUCGUCCUCGCCGGCGAUAGUGCCGGCGCCAACAUGGCGCACAACACGGCGAUGAGGCUCCGGAAGGAUGGCAUCGAGGGCUACGGCGACAAGGUCAGCGGCGUCGCGCUCUUGCAUUCCUACUUCUGGGGGACUGAACCGGUGGGCGGCGAGUCCCCGGACGCCGCCUUCUUUUACCCCGGCGACGUGGAGCGCGUGUGGGAUGUGGCCUGUGGUGACAAGUUCGGCCGUGAUCACCCGUACAUCAACCCGGCGGCGUCGCCGGAGGAGUGGCGCCAGCUCGGGUCCGGCCGCGUGCUGGUCACCACGGCGGAGUUGUGCUGGUUCGUGGAGAGGGCGCGCGCGUACGCGGAAGGGAUCAAGGCGUGCGGGUGGGCCGGCGAGCUCGAGUUCUACGAGACCAAGGGCGAGAGUCACACCUACUUCCUGUUCAAUCCCGACUGCGACGAUGCCGCCAAGGAGCUCGCCGUCGUGGCCGACUUCGUCAGGCGCUGCUGAGUCUGCUUCGCUUGCUCAUCCAGUGAGUGAUUGUGAUUCAGUAAUAAAGGAACACCUACUGUAAUUUCUACGAAUUCGGUAAUUGAUUGCACUUGUGAGUUGCAACACGAACGGAAACAAUUUUUGCUCCUCUGAAUCAGUUGCUAAUUGCAGCUUCAUUGCAUAGUUGAAGCAAAACGGACUGAACUGUAAGCUGUUUUGGUUGUGGUGCCUGUAGAAUUUCCUCUGAAACACCUGUAGAAUUUCCUUGUGCUUUCUGUUGCGGUGCCUGUAAGCUGUUUUGUAGCACCUGUAUCUGCCGUUUUCAGUUCAUUGUUUUUCUUUCCAGUUGUAUGGGCCGAUGUAAUUCCUGGCCAGUUGAUGGCUUCAUUAAUUCAAAGCCAGGCUCUCUUUGAGGCUUUGUUCUAAAAAGAAAGACUGAACUGAUAUUCUGGUUGACUCUGAAUUUCUGAUGUGCAUUACAAAUUAGUACAAUAUACUGCAAAGUUCUGACCGUGAGUUGUAACACAAAGAAAACAAGUUAGCGGAAAUCCACAUUGGCUAUAGGGAGCAUAUGCUCCCGCAUGUCAAAAAUGAAUUUUACAAAUGUCAUUUAAAACAAAGAAAUAUAUGGGUUCAUUGUCACACCCAAAUGCUACAUGC